AUGGCGGAGGUGAUGACGCGCGCGCCGUCGACGCCGUCGACGCCGACGUCGCGAGAUGGAUCGGAGAGCGGGACCAUGUUCGCUGGGUCGCCGAGUGAACGCGCGGAGGCGCUCGCGGAGGCGCUGCGGGACGGUUUGCGCGUGCGGACGCCGACGUCGUCUACGCGAACGCCGACGUCGGGAUUCGCGUUCGGUGAGAGCGAUUGCGCGAUAUGCCAGAGCCCGUUGGAUCGGACGAGGCCGGAGGCGACGGCGAAUCCGGAUAAGGUGGAGCUCGCGACCGGGUUGGCGUGUCGACACGUGUUUCAUCAAUGCUGCUUGCGGCGAUGUCGGGAGCACGAUAUUCGUAAGUGUCCGACGUGUCAGGCGCCGUUACCGAGAGGUUUCACGCCGGAGAGCGUGCGGGAGGAGCGAGAGCGGCACAGGGUGCGAGAUCGCAUCAUCGCGAGGAGUCGCAGGGCGACGGAUGCGAUUCGUUUAGCGCGCGCGAGGCAAAUCGCAAACGGCGCGGCGCCGCCGGGAAUCGGAGCGAUCGAAGAGGGCGUUCGAACGCCGGGGACGCCAGGGAUGGUUUCUUUGAGUCAAGAUACGGGCUCGGACGCGUACGAGGGACGAUUCCACGGUCUCCCGCCGCGCGCGCCGAGAUUUUCGCUCGAGGGCGCGGGGAGCGCCGCGCGCGCGACUUCGAGCGCGAGCAGGUCGCAUCCGUACUGUCGAUCGCCCUCGGGAAGCGAGCGGGAUGAGAGCGAGGACGAUGAAUUCUUCGUCAUGACGCAGUGA